CAUGCCUGGCAGCACAGUCCGUGCUGGAUGGGCUCAGACAGGCCCCAGGACUGCCCACUCUCAAGGCCUCCUAUGGCAAAGGUUCAGCCGGCAGCACAGGGAGAAGCACGGAGCCCGGGCCCCUCCAGCGCAGGCCCAGGGAGCAACACCUCCAGGCCUUUGGAGCCGGGCAAAAGUACUCUGUGCGAUUCCUUCGGGAUCGGGGUCCCUGCAGAAGUACAUCUUCCUAAAAGCUCCAGGUCGCUGGAUGCUCCAUCCUUUAGUGAAGUUGAGGACAGCAGCCCGGAGGAGGAAGAAGAUGAAGUUAGCAGCCUGAAUCUGUGUGCAUGGCAGGAAAAGGCUCCACAUUCCAGGCCAAAGUCUUCACCUGCUGACCAGGAAAGCCCGUUGCAGCCCCGCCCCAGGAGGCUGAGGAGCCCCCAAGCCCAGGAAAUGAUUCUGAAGAUGAAGGAAGCCAUCAGUGAAAGGAUCAAGUUUGUCCCCGUGCCCUCUGGGUACCAGGACUGGGCUGAGGAGGAAGAGGGAAGGUCAGUGGUCCCCCCAAGACCUAGCACAGUCAGUGGUAGCAGAUGGGCCCCCGAGAGGCAGAGGAGGUCCCUGUCAGAGUCAUGUAUUCAGAACCAGGUGGGGGACUCCACCCUCCAGGAGCUGCGGAGGGUCCAGAGAGACCUCAGUCAGAGGCUGGAGGUGUUUUAUGCCCUGGGUGCCAAAGGGCAGGGGCAGAGCCAGGACCAGAUUCUGCAGCCCAGAGCGGCGGCUCUGUGGCCCAGCAACUGCAAGGUCGGGCCGAGCAGCACCACUAGCAAGCUCAGGGCCUCCCUCACCAAGAACUUCAGCAUUUUGCCUAGUCAGCACAAGAGCAUUUUGCAGAAAUGCAGUCCCCACUCUGAGGGCGAACAGCCCUGGCUGGGGAAAGAGAAGCUUCCAAAUGCCACCCCAUCAGAUGAGGACAAUGAGGCUCCCAGGGCCAAGGACAGGGACUGUCCCCCCAGAACGUCAGUCAAGAAACUUAUUGAAACUUUCAGCCCCACUGAGAGCGUGAGGACACUGGGUGAUUCCAAGAACUCUGGGUCAAGCCCCGGCCUUAAGAGGUGGGGGGUCCCCAUCAUGCCACCUAGGUUUCCCAUUUACAGGGGGCUUGCCCCUUUGUAUCCUAAGCCCCAAAUUUCUCCAGCACUAGGCAGAGAACCUUUCAAAGUGGGCACAGGCUGGAGGCCCUUAGCACCUAUCUUUCCCCCUGUGCCUACAACAGAAGCACCCAAGAGUGCAGACAUCAACCGUGAAGUGGAGGGGGACCCAGAGCACCUCCCUCCACCGCCUCUGGAAGUCCUCAUGGACAAAUCAUUCACUUCUCUGGAGUUCCCAGAAAGCAGCAAGUCAGCAGAGAGCUCCCCCGAAGGGACCCCGGUACCAGGGCAGGGAGGAGCUGGCCCUGCCAGGAGAACAUGGGCUUCCCCAAAGCUGAGAGCCUCCAUGAGCCCCGUGGACUUACUGCCCAACAAGAGCAACACCAACCUCGCCAGGCCCCACAGCACAGGACCAGGGAGCAGCAAGAGCGGCUGCGAUCCCAGAAAGCUUGCCUUGGACCCCAACCACCCGCCAGCCACCAGCCAAAACCCAGAGGGGGAGGAUGGGGCCCCGAGCCAGGCACAGGCAGAGAAGGCCACAAGCCUCCACAAGCAGCCCCGGAAGGCCAUGCCCUGGCACCACUCCAGCCACACAUCUGGGCAAAACAGGACCUCAGAUCCCAGCCCGGCCAGACCAACACGAGGGCCACGUUCUCCCGAGGCUGCAAGGCAGAGCCGAGAGAGAAGCCCCCCGACAGCCAGGAAGGCCUCUCCCACAAGGGCACACUGGGUGCCCCAAGCAGACAAGAGGCCCCCCAGCCUGCAUUCCUCUCACAGACCUGCCCAGUCAAGUCCCCCCACUGUGCAGGGGUCCCCCAGCCCACCACUCAGCUCUGGAGCCCCCAGCCCACCUGUGAGCCCCAGGGUGCUAAGCCCACCCACAACCAAGAAUCGAACUUCCCCACCACGCCAGCACAAGGCCUCCAGCCCCCCCACCCAGCGCCCAGAAGCAAGCUCCCCUUCCUCUGUUCCCUCCCUGUCCCCCCCAGUGUCCCCGUCUCAGGAGCACAAGGAAACAAGAGACUCUGAAGACAGUCAAGGAGACACAGCCAAAGUUUCUGGGAAUACGUGUUCUAUAUUCUGCCCAGCUGCCUCCGCUCCGUUUGAAGCUAAAUCGCCACUCUCAGCAGCCCACCCACCGACCCCACCAGAGGCUGGGGGCCCUCUUCGGGGCCCUGCAGGAUGCAGGAGGAGCAGCUCAGGGCCUCGGCUGAGGACGGACACACAGAGGAGAGUGGCCCUGUGUGCCCUCAACCCUCUGCCUUUCGUCAGGAGGACAGCUUCUGACCGCCAGCCGGGUGCCAGACUGCCGCUGCCUGCCGCGGGCUCCGCCAGCACUCCCUGUGACGCCCAGGUCAGCCAAAGCAGCAGCAGUGAAGAGAGCCCCAAGAAGGACACAGAGCCUUGGAGCAGCCCCCGUUCCCCAGAACUGCAGGGCGGCAGCAGGCGUGCGUCUCCCCCAGAGCUGUGCGUGCUGGGCCACGGGCUGCAACGGGAGUCCCACACUGGCCACAUCCAGGACAGAUCCCAGCCAGAAUCACCGCCCCAGCAGAAGGAGGUGGCCUGA